UCUUUCUCCCUUCUGUGUGUUUCUCUUUAUUAUACUUUCUAGAGUAUUUUAUAUCCAUAUUUUAACGAAGAGUGAGAUAACUAUUUGUUGCUUAUGCUUUUCACUCAGUGUUGUGCUCUUGAUUAUGCCAUGGAUAAGUACUUGUAUGAAAUGUACGAAUUGGUUUGGUGCGAAAUUCGUAUACAAAGAGUUUUAAAUAAGAAAUAUUAAUUUAUAUUGUGCCACAAUAAACGGAAUAUUUUCCAGUGAAAUGUUUCCCAAUAUUCAUAAGAAGGACUACAGAGUCCUGGAUUUGAUACGUCAAAGAGAAAUACAAGAUUCAAUGACACAUAUAAUUCUACAAAAACUACAUGUUACUGAAAGUUUAAUAUUACGUUUGGGUUUAGAAAAAGAAUUAAAUGGUCAUUCGGGAUGUGUCAAUUGUUUAGAAUGGAAUGAGACUGGACAAAUCUUGGCAUCAGCGUCAGAUGAUAAAGAUAUUAUAUUAUGGGAUCCUUUUCGUUAUGAAAAAAAGUUAGUACUUCAUUCAGGCCAUCGUGGAAAUAUUUUCUCUGUAAAGUUUAUGCCAAAAUCAAGUGACAGCAUACUGGUAUCAGGUGCAGCGGAUUGCAGAAUUCGGGUGCAUGAUCUCACUCUUUCCGAACCAAUAUUCACAUGUAAAUGCCAUAAACAACGUAUCAAACGUAUUGCUACUGUUCCUAGUAUACCGUUCUUGUUUUGGAGCGCGGGCGAGGAUGGUCUCUUUCUGCAAUAUGACAUUCGUACACCACACGUUUGCAGGAGUAAUGAUCGCAGCGUACUUGUAAAUCUAGUGUAUCAUAUGGGUCGUUAUGCAGAGGGCAAAUGCAUCGCUGUAAAUCCAAGAAAGCCUGAGUUGGUAGCCAUUGGUGCUAACGAUGCUUAUAUUCGGAUGUAUGAUAGACGAAUGAUAAAAUUAUCGCAGGUGCCUCCAUCUCCUUCUAUACAUGAUAAUUCAGAUUGGGCAAAUAUUAGUACAUAUCGAGCAGGCAAAGGCGAUCCAGAUGACAAUAUUCCAUUGGGUAGCGCGCAGUACUUUAUCGCGGGCCAUCUCCGUUCUCGUGAUGGUAAUAAGAGCAUUACAAGCACUUAUUUAACAUUUAGCGAUGAUGGAAAUGAAUUACUUGUCAAUAUGGGUGGAGAACAAAUUUAUUUAUUUGAUAUCAACGAUCCAAAUAGGUCAAAAAUAUUUUUUGAUUCAUCGUGGAAAUAUUCAGAGUCAAUCGAAUGGGAACAAAGAUUUGACAAAUAUGGAAAACAAAGCGACAUAAGUGAUGCGGAAGAUUUUGUUAUCAGGAAUGUAAAGAUAUUGCCAUCACAUAUUGAAGAAUUAAAAUGCCAAGCAAACGAGAGUUUUGAACGGCAAAAAUAUUCAUCAGCAAUUAAUCUGUAUAAUAAAGCAAUUUCGCUUUGUCCAACGGCAGCGGUAUUGUUUGCUAAUCGAGCAGCUGCUUACAUGAAACGCGUUUGGGAUGGUGAUAUUUACGCCGCUUUACGAGAUUGCAAGACGACAUUACUUCUUGACCCGGAACAUGUAAAAGCUCAUUUUAGAUUGGCACGUUGUCUGUUUGAUUUAAAUCGGUCAAUUGAAGCUGACAAGGUACUCAAGAAUUUUCAACAAAAGUUUCCAGAAUACGCAUCUAAUUCAGCAUGUAGAGCAUUAAAGAUGGAUAUAAAGGAAGCUAUCGACGCUGGAAAAGAUAUCACACAAACCAAACAGACAUUCUUCCCAGUAUCAGAAUAUGAGCAAGAAUGGAGACGUAAUACAAUCGAUUACAAAAUGAGAUUUUGUGGCCAUUGUAAUACUACAACUGAUAUAAAAGAGGCAAACUUUUUUGGAAACAAUGGCCAAUAUAUAGUGGCUGGAUCGGAUGACGGUUCCUUUUUUAUUUGGGAUCGUAACACUACCAAUAUUGUACGUGUCCUACGAGGAGAUGAAAGAAUUGUUAACUGUUUACAACCACAUCCAUCUAUAUGUUUGUUAGCUACUAGUGGCAUUGAUCCGGUGAUCAGAUUGUGGAGUCCAUGGCCAGAAGAUGGCAGUGUGAAUGAAAGAGAAAUUCAAAAUCUAGAUGAUGCUGCAUCAGCCAAUCAAAUUCGCAUGAACAGUGAUCCAUUUGAAUUAAUGCUCAUGAACAUGGGAUAUAGAUUUCCUGUUUCCCAGCAUGAAUUUAGUGAUGAAGAUGGUGAGGAUCAACAUGAUCAGCCAAUAACGCAAGCUUUGAAUUGUAGACCAAGCUAAAUCUUGCAAGAAACACACACAAAACGAUAUAAAAGGCUAGAUAAUUGAAAAUUUAUUAAUAUAUGUAAUCCGUCAUUGUGAUUUCAAUCCUAAUUAUUUAUUUUCUUUUUUCAUCAAUAUCUGUAAGCACUUUUGCUAUAUAAUAAUCUAUUAAGCCAAAACAUCUUUGUAAGAUUUAAAAUAGAAUCUUAUUUACUGGGUAUUAUGAACAUGUUGUUAACAAUACAAAAAACGAACAGGAUUAUAUUUCAGGUCUUAUAUAGUUAAUAAUAUAUCAUGUUAUAUAUCUCUUUGUA